AUGUACAGCCACUCCAGCCUCUUCCUCCUGGCCGCGCUUGCCGUGCGUGCCACCACCGCGGCCUCGACCAACUGCACGACCUCGGGCGCCCACAUCAUCGUCACCCGCGAGAGCGACGCGCCGCCAAACACCAGCGCCAUGAACAUCAUCGCCCUGGGCAUCGUGGGCCAGUGUGCCGGGUCCGACAUCGCCGAGACCCCCUACCCGGCCGCGCUGAGCCCGUACGAGCCGUCCGAGGCCGAAGGGGUCGGGAACCUUACGGAGCUGGUUCUGGACUACCAGGCUGAGUGCCCGGAUUCCAAGAUUGUGUUGCUGGGUUACUCUCAGGGCGCACAAGUCACUGCUGACUUCCUCUGCGGGACUUCAGAGGAAGGCUGGCCAACAACCGAAGCCUACGCAUCCACCGUGACAGAUAACCUCGCCGCUGUCGUCUUGUUCGGCGAUCCAAGUUUCGUCAAGGGCCUCUCGUGGGACCGCGGGACGGCCAACAACACGAGCUACUUCCCGCGCCAAAACAACACGGCCUGUGACCCUGUUGCUGCUCAGAUCGUGUCAUACUGCGACUACAACGACUAUUACUGCGAUGACGGCACGAGCAUUGAGGUCCAUGCGUCUUAUGUGGAGAGAUACCACACCGAGGCGGUUGAUUGGGUGGUUGAGCAACUGGGUGGUUGCUAG